AUGGGGCAGCCACCCCCGCGCUACUGGCCUGAGGGGUGUCGAGUUCAAGGCGAUAUUCAUCCCGUCACCGAUGAAGUUGCUGAACAAGGCAGCUCCGUAUUCAUGUUGGGGGUUCGGCAGCAUCCACUAGGGUUGGCGUUGGUGAGUAGUUUAGCUGGUCUGAGAGUUCAUCGUUAUAUCACCCUUGUCAGAAGGUCCGAUAUCGCAGAGGCAGGCAGAGAGUCACCAUGGAAGUCCACCUCUGGAAACAUACACCUGUCGGCCGCUUGGCGCAUGCAGCGGGAGACUAGACUGCACGAGACGAAGCCAGGGGUAGUCGACGACUCAGAAGCUUUCCCAGGCUUAAGUUCGGCGUUGCAAAAGCCGCUGCUCCUUUCUAGCAGUGAGCAAUCAAAACCAUGGCUAAGAGAUGAGUGCUCCGAGCAGCGGCCAGGAGAUGACGAAUGUCAUUGGUGCAUAGGCGAGGGACCUCGCUUGCGCCCGCCGGCUGAGGGAUUGUCGAAUCAGACUUCGGCAGAACGCAGAAACGAGGACCGUAAAUCAGCGGUCGUGGAUCCUGGAGGACAGCGUGGAGGAACGGUGUCUCUAUCGGGAUUCGGCCGUAUAGGCGCAGGCAAUUGGUGGAACUUGCUGCCACAAUGGUUGUAUGACUGGGAGUGGGGUCCAGUUCGCCCAUCUCUCGCGCUGAUCUUGCAGAUCCGCUACGGCUUUUGGAAGUUGGCCUAUAUCGAUGUGACUUUGAAGAGCCCGGAGAAGGCUGGGUAA